AUGUCUCUCUCUUUAAAAUGUAUCGCUACGAUUCUCAUCUUAGCUAUCGCGAAAUUGUCGAGGUGUGAUAUUCCAGAAUGCAAAUACGAAGAAACUAUUGAUAUUUCGGACUACAACAAAUUUAACGAUACCUUUGUAAAUGAAGAUUUGGAAAUCCCCGCUAACCUAACUGGGGAGUACCAUUUUCGGGUGCUUCAGGAUGGAACCAAAGAGUGGGUUAGCAAACACUUAAGGGCCUGUAUCUGCAAAGUGAGGCCCUGCAUCCGGAUCUGCUGUGCCCGCAAGAAUGUGUUGCCCAACGGGGAGUGUAAUGACGGUCUACAGAAGGAGAUUUCCCUAAGAAUCUUGAACCUUACAUUUGAUGAUAUCAUAACGUUGGAUCCCAAUAUUACGGAGCUUAGGAAGAUGCCGCAGUACAAUCAUACUAAGCUGAUCGUGUUAAGGGAAUACUUUCAACCCUGCGACGAACUUAUUGGUUUGAAGACAGAUGAAUACACUAUGUUAAAGGAUGGAUCCAUACUGCUCCACUCCACCGCCGAGAUCUUAAGCAACGACCAAUACUGCCUGUUUCCCCAUACUUACUCGGACUUUCCGAAGAUCUUAUGGUUUGUUAACCGAAUGUGUGCAACAAGAUACGUACCGGGUACAUUUGAUAUUACGAUUAUAUCGCUAAUAUGCCUCAUCCUGACCAUAACAGUGUAUCUGUAUGUUAAGAAGCUCCGAAACUUACUUGGAAAGUGUCUUAUAUCCUGUCUAUUCUGUAUGACAAUGGAUUACCUCAUCUGGACUCUGAAUCAUUUAAGUUUGUUAUACAGCAUAUGCACUCUAGUAGGUUACUCUAAAUACUUCUUCUCGAUGGCAUCCUAUCUCUGGUCAGCAGUCAUUAGCUAUUAUUUAAGGAAACUUUUCACUUCCCUCAAUCGCCACGAGCCUCGUAACGCAUUCAAAAAGUACAGCGCAUUUGUUUGGGGCACGGCUGCUGUUCCCACAGGAAUAAUUUAUUUAAUGAAUCAAAUUUCGGGUGACGAUCCCCAAAAAAGGUUCAUAGCGCCCUUUGUUGGUGUUAUUCGAUGCACAAUACAAGAUUGGGGCUCGUCUAACUGGAUAUUUUUUAAUGUCCCGAUUUUGAUCUUGACCACCUUCAGUUCUAUCAUGUUCGUCCUGACGGCCAUUCACAUUUGGAAAGUAAAGAGGGAGGUCAAAAGGUUCGCCCAACAGAACGAGCGUUCAAGGCCCUCACUGGACAUCGAUAUUCAGACUUACCUGCAGUUUCUUCGGCUUUUUGUCAUUAUGGGCGUAUUUUGGAUUCUGGACAAAAUUAUGGGUAUGGUGGAGGACUUCCAUUACUUGCUGGGAACCAUAUACUUAGAUAUACCCGUUUACCUUAACUCCGGCUUUGGUAUAAUCAUAUUUGUGAUUCUUAUUCUGAAGGGCAGCACACUUGAACUGCUAAUGAAUAGGUAA